CAUUAACUGAAUACACUCAAGCCGUCCAUUUAUAUUAGUUGAAGUCAGCUCGUUGGAAAGAACGAUAUUGAUUUGAAAAUGGCGUUUGGGUCAUUGCUUUUGGUAGUAAAUGUGGUCAUCUUGGCCGUCUACCUCCAACAAAAGUUCUUUAGUGGGGAUAAACUUGAAUCUCACUUGGCGAAGGAGAUCGACACAGCAUACGACUAUAUUAUAGUGGGGUCUGGGUCAGCAGGAUCUGUAUUAGCCAAUCGUCUGUCUGGAGAUUCUAGUCUGAAAGUCCUGGUACUUGAAGCAGGAACCGACGAUCAACAACCGUCCUCCACAGUUUUAAAAGUUCCUAUGAUGUGUGGAUUGGCUCAAAGGACAGAAUACGAUUGGAAAUAUUAUUCGGUGCCUCAAAAGAAAUGCUGCAAGGGUUUGUGGGGAGAGAGAAUGUUUAUGCCGAGAGGUAAAGUGUUAGGGGGAUCCAGUCAAAUAAACUAUCAACUUUAUGUCCGAGGUCAUAGAAAGGAUUAUGAUGGCUGGUCUGAAGCUGGUUGCGAUGGUUGGAGCUAUUCUGAAGUCUUGCCAUAUUUUAUUAGAUCGGAAAAUAUCCAACCCUUCAAACAUAUGGAUAAAGAGUAUCAUGGUACAAAUGGUCCACUUGGCGUGACUGAAUCUCAUGCGACAGAUUUUCCUAGUUUUAUGAUAGAAGCUGGUAAAGAACUAGGGUAUGGAACUGGUGAUUAUAAUGGUAGGGAACAAAAAGGAUUUUUUGCUUCACAAGCUACUAUACAAGACGGUGAAAGGUGUAGUACGGCUAGAGCCUUCUUAUGGCCAGCUGUGAAAAGUCGUAAAAAUCUUCACGUUCUGACAAACGCCCACGUUAAAAAGGUAGUUAUAAAGAAUAAGAAAGCUGUUGGUGUAGAAUUUUAUCACAAAGGAACACUGAAGUCUGUUUCUGUAAAUAAAGAGAUUAUUCUAUCAGCUGGUGCUUUGUCUUCGCCUCAGAUUUUAAUGCUGUCGGGGAUUGGACCAAAAGAACACCUAAAGGCACACGGGAUACCAGUCGUAGCUGAUUUACCAGUGGGUGAUAAUUUAGAAGAUCAUAUUAGUUUUUUGAGCUACUAUAAAACAAAAGAACUCGUUUUUAGUUCUCCUAACAAAACAGAAUCUUUGUGGACGUUAGCCCAGUAUUUAACAACCAAAUCAGGUGUGUUGGCGACACCUGGAGGUAUAGAAUCAUUAGCCUUUAUAUCCACGGACCCUAAAAGACCCGAAUAUCCAGAUAUAGAAAUACAUGCAAUAGAUUUACUGUUUAACGAAGAUACGAUACGGGACCUGGUUGGAGUAGACUCUAAGUAUGCCAAGUAUUAUUCGGGUGUUAACGAUGUGAACGGUUUUACUCUGUUAUAUACUUUAUUAAGACCAAAAAGUCAUGGUACACUUCGUCUAAAUAGUACCGAUGCCAUGCAACAUCCAAUCAUUGAUCCAGGAUAUUUAGAAAACAAGGAAGAUGUGGAAGGCUUGCUACGAGCUGUUCGUUUUUCACAGAAACUGACUGAAACCAAGACUUUCAAAUCUCAGGGAACGGAAUUUUUCCAUAAACCAUUUCCACCAUGUUUGGAAAAAUCUAAAUUUGAUAGUGAUGAAUAUUGGCGGUGUUAUAUAGGGUAUUUUACCCUGGUUAUCUACCAUCCUACUGGAACUUGUAAAAUGGGACGUACAGAAGAUCCAACCACGGUAGUGGAUCCUCAGCUAAGGGUGAAAGGCAUCCAUGGACUGCGAGUAGCUGAUGCUUCUAUCAUGCCAUCCAUAGUAUCUGGCAACACUAACGCACCGUGUAUAAUGAUAGGUGAAAAAGCCGCGGAUAUGAUUCUAGGUAUAAAACCCCCAACACCUCUAUCGGAUAUGUAGCUGUACAUACCAUGACAGAGUCUUCAAUCGUUAUACGUAUCUUUGUGUUCAACCGCUAUACGUAUCUUUGUGUUCAACCUUUAUAAUUAUCAGAGUUUUAAACCAUUAUAAUUAUCAGGAUGUUUACAUGUUAGGACACCUGUUAGGACUAUCAAAAUGUUAAACCAUUAUAAUAAUCACAGUGUUUACCAUUUAGGACCAAUAGAGUGUUGAACCGUUAGGACUAUCAAAGUGUUGAACCGUUAGGACUAUCAGCGUGUUAAACCGUUAGGACUAUCACUUGUCUACGAUAUCACCUUAGGUGGAAGUGGACGUAAAACUCCAGAAACGAACGAACGAGGACUAUCAGAGUGUUAAACCAUAAUAAUUAUCAGAGUUAAAUCGCUAGGAUUAUCCGAGUAUUAAACCAUUAUAACUGCCACUGUAUUUAACUAUCAGAGCAAAUUAUUUAAUAUGUUAUAACUCUCAUAGCAAACCGUUCGACGGUUAUAAUUACUGUUAAACGGUUAUAACUAUCAUAGUAAACUGUUUAAAUGGUUAUCGCUAUAAUAGCUGUAACGCCACUGACGGUGUCUCCCCAUCUUCAUUAAUCUUUUCUAAACCCAUGCCAUCAUUGGAUCUUUUUUUUAGUCGGUGAAAUGAAAUGAAAUGAAAUGGGAUUUAACGUCCUACUGUUCAGCUCCUAACCUGGGCUAAUGAAGACGGGCAUACACCAUACAGUGUGCUAUGAGGGAAAUUUUGCCCGAGCAGCGGCGCUACGGCCUAUCGAAUUUCAACUGCCAAGGGAUUAUUUACGUGCACGUCAAUGUGUACACCGGACCUAGGUUUUUCGUCCUAUCCGAACGACUAGACAGCUGUCCUUGUCAGGCCCAUUUUCAGUCGGUGUUCCACAUGACUUCGUAUUGAGAUCUCUCCCAUUUAUUGUACUUUUUAACGAAUAGAUUUUCAUUACACAAAAUGGCAUGUCGUUUCAAAGACUUAAGUUUGAUCGGCAUUAGGCACUGAAAGUCAAAUAGAUUUAAAUAGAUUAAGGAAUCAAGUCUGUGGAUUCAAAAAUAUAAUACAGAUCUAUAUUUCA